UUCGGCAUUUACCUGCGCUGAUGUCUCGCAUUUGUUGCAGGUUAUGUCAGAGUGCGCGAGAAACGAGCCAUCGAAUAGAACUAUGGGGUUAUCAACAGUGUGCUGCGCUAGCCGAAGUAUGCGGGUAAAGCGAGCGAAGGAUGCAUCCCGACGGGCACGAAACAACUGACUCAUAGCGCGCCCAUAAUGAUUUGCGAUACGAACUCGCCCACGUCAGCUACAUAUCCAGGUUUGCCGCCCCAUUCGCCUUACCACCGUCGCAUUUCGCCGCCCGGAAGUCCCGCGCCCAGGAAGUGCUGUUACGAACACAAGGAGAACUACACGCAGGAGGUCUUCUUCUGCUGCUGUUACAGCUGCCCGGGCACGCGGUCGACGUCCGUGAUAGCGACGGUGGGCGUCUGCUGCCUGGUGCUCGGCUACACGAUUCUGGGCGCGUUCACCUUCAUGGCGCUCGAAGGCCGACCCGACCACGACACGUCCGUCGCGGCGUCCCAGCACGACCCGAAGCACGACAAGAGCACCGCCGGCGUGCUCAGGGCGCAGACCGUCGACAAGCUGUGGAGCAUCACCGAGAACUUGAACAUCCUCUACCGCGAAAACUGGACGCGGUUGGCCGCCGAGGAGGUGCUCGAGUUUCAAGAGGCGCUGAUACGCGCCAUGCGAGGUUCCGGAAGCGGAUACGUCGGAAACCCCAGCUCCACGGUGCUCUACUACCAGCGACCGCAUCGGUGGAGCUUCAGCUCGUCAUUUUUGUACUCAUUGACUCUGAUCACAACGAUCGGUAAGUAA